UGCACAGUGACGUCAUCGCUACGUCUGUGUGUAAACAGCCGUCGAGACAUUUAAACAGUCAGCUGUCACGGAGCGACCACACUGCCGUCUGUCUCAAACUGUUGGACUCUUGAGCUACUAUGCAGCAUGUCUCCAGGAGGACCUCGCCCGUGUUUCACGUCUCUAAAAGAAGACCCUCCCUGAUACCCACCGGCGACACCCCCGCCCCCAAAAACUUUGCCGAGACGCUGCCGACAGAAAUGAGCGAGCAGAUCUUUGGCGAGCUGGACGCCGGGAGUCUGUGCAGCGCCUCCCGGACCUGCAAGUUGUGGCACCACAUCAUCGAGGAGAGCGACCAGGUGUGGAGGAGACAGUGUGUGCUGGUCGGCGCCGUCUGUCAGAGGGAGGUGGACAGCGACCGGAGAGACGGCCUGUCCUGGAAGGUCACUCUGGUGAAGAACUACACUCGCAGCCGUUUGAAGAGAGACUGGCUGAGAGGUCGCUACAGCCACGUGAGGUCAGCGGAGGAGCUGAUUGGCAGGAAGAUGGUGCCGCUGGACGCCGAGACCUGGGGAGAGAUCCUGCAGGCCGAGCUGGACAGAUGAACACCGGCCCAUUUAGGGGUUCAUUCAAAGCACAUAUGGCACUUCUAAGUGCCUGAUUUUUUUUUUUUUUUUACUCUAAUAUAUUUUAUAUUUACGAAUAUACACAAACAAUUGUACAUAAUUUUUUUAAAUAUUUUUUUAAGAAAAAAAGGAUCAUGGAGAAAUUGAAAAUGAAACAUUGACAUUUGGAAAAUAUUUGUUACAAAUAAACUGUUUCAUUUCUUUGAAAAAAUGGCUGAGAUGCAAUAA